ACCAUUUGUCUUACCUUUCCUAGGAACCAUUGCGAACUAAUUUCCUGUGAUUUAGGAUACAGUUACUAUGGCGAUACCAACCAUCACCUCCAUCUUUAUUUUCCUUGCUGUCACUCUUUAUGGAACAUCAGCAUGUUCUUGUGACGAGGAACCACCUUUCUGCUCCUCGGAAUUCGGUAUUAAAGGUACCGUUACGAAAAUCGUAAACAACCAUACGUUAUUCGGAGAAAUUGUCCACAGCGUGCGGGUACUCGAAGUGUAUCAUGAUGCGUCUGAUACCAUUCAUGUGAGUACGACCAUUGACAUCACGACUCCAAGCACCUCUAGCGCGUGUGGGAUCGAUUACUUGAAGGAGGGCGUAACGUACCUGAUUUCAGGAGUUACCUACAGCGGAUCAUAUACGAUCAUGCAUUGUUUUUCUGUCGUGGUGCGGUACUAUGUUAUCAGUGACUUGAGUUAUGUAGGUAUUCCAUGUUCUGAGUCGCCGACGACAACCACACCACAAGAAACGACGAUCCCCUCACCGUCAACGACAACCACACCACAUGUAACGACGACCCCCUCAUCGCCAACUACAACCCCUGAACCAACGACGACAACCACCACGCCGACGACCAACUCCUCAUCGCUCACGAUGACACCCACAUCGUUGACGACAACUAUGACAAAAACCACUGCCCCAACAUCAAAAUGUCUUUGCGACGAAGAAUCAACUUUCUGCUCUUCAAGCUUUGCUAUCAAAGGAACGGUUGUGAAUGUUCUAGGCAACCGUUCACUGAACGAAGAUCUGCAAUACAACGUACGGGUACAAGAAGUAUAUCGUAAUUCAACCCAAGCCAUUCGUGUCAAUGAGAUUCUUGAAAUCCAAACUCCCGCUAGCUCAUGCGGUAUCGGUUCGUUAGAGACAGGGUCGUCAUACCUGAUUUCUGGAGGAUCCACGAGUUCGUUCUCGAUUGACGUAUGUACAUCGGUCGUGCUGGAGGUCAACGAUGUCGGUGAUGCGAGUGUCGAUAUCGACCUUCCGUGUUCUGCAUCUGUGUCGACCAUCACGUCGUACGUCAUCAUCGUCGGUGUCCUUCUUAGUGUCGUUUUUCAUUGGUGAUAAGGACCAUGAGAAAUGAAGACAGCAUAUUGUUGGGUUAUUUGAGACGAUAUAUGUAGGCUGGUUCUAGGACAACUACCCCCUGGAUAUCAACCCCCGGAUAACCACCCCCAGUCAACUACCUCCUAGGACAACUACCCCCUAGGACAACUACCCCCAAUGACAACUACCCCCGGACAACUAGCCCCCAGAUAACUACCCCCAGACAACUACAUCAUACGACAACCAUCAUCUAGGACAACUUCCUCCAGGACAACGGCCCUGUACUAGCUAAUAAACUUUUACAAAAAUAUUUUCCAUUAAGAAAAUUGUCAAUUAUACGUACACCCUAUACAACUCCCGUACGAGACAAGUCUAUUCCGUCAUUAACAACGAAGAAAAUGACAGUUUAUGAUAUUUUCUGUAGAAAAAGAUCGGAGAGGAGCUCGCAAGAUACGUCACAAGUGCUGCCAAUUUGUGUGUUUAACUGAUCAACACAACUGAAUGAUUUUUAAAUCACAGGUCUCCCUUGAUCCACCUACAAUUAUAAUCAAAUUUAUUGAAUGUGCAUCAAUGUAUGUUGCAAAAAUUGUUGAUGCAAUGACAUAUCUACAUAAAUUCUUUCUUAAUAUCUGUUAUUUAAGAGUUUUAAAAGUACUGUACAUAUUUUCAAUUAAUUCUAUCUUCGAUAACUUAGUUUUUGUUAUUUUUCCAUGGUAUAGUUUU